AUGAUUGAUGAAAAUGUAACAGUGAGUGAUAAUUCAGAUAUAGAUGAAGGCGGUACUGCGGAACUUCGUGGUUACCUUAGUAAAUGGACGAAUUACAUUCAUGGUUGGCAAGAUAGAUUUAUCGUUUUGAAGGAUUCCACUUUAUCAUAUUAUAAAAGUGAAUUGGAGAGUAAUCUUGGGUGUCGUGGUGCAUUAUGUUUGAAGAAAGCUAAAGUAAAGCCCCAUGAAUUUGAUGACUGCAGAUUUGAUGUGUCAGUAAAUGAUUGUGUAUGGUACUUAAGAGCUUCUAAUCCUGAGGAGAAACAACAAUGGAUUGAUGUCUUGGAAUCAUUUAAAGUGGAGUCAGGGCUCACAUGGUCGCACUUCGCGCCGCCUCACAGAAAAAUCGCCGAAUUGGACACAUAUAGCGAGUUAUUGUCCAAGCAAGCUGUGCAAUUGCAACAGUACUUUGAUAUGUGCGUUGCGUCAUACCCGCAGAUCAGCGACGAAACUGUCGAAGCUAUUGAUGCUGUUAAACUGGCAGAUGGUGUGGAUUUACGCAUGUACGCAGGCGAAGUACGUGCAACGAGCACGUCCUUUAGAGCGACAUGUGGCGCAACUCUAGCGACGCUUCAGCACUGCGUCGAGCUUUUGCGUCGGCGUGAGAAGCAAGCUCGGAAGGCUGAAGAGCUUUAUAUGGCUUUGAAGAAUCAAUUGACGGAAGCAAGAUUGGCAUCUAAACCAGGACCUGAUCACGAGGAGGGACCACACUCGACAUUACCCGAUGACGAGUUCUACGAUGCGGUUGAGACUGGCUUCGACAAAAUGGAAGAGGAGAGAUGCGCACGCGUGGUGCCACCCGCUGAGCGUACGAGGGACGAGGUCGAGCUGCCGCCACCGGCCAUCGACAACCGUCUCACCGUACACCCCUUAUGGCCUGAGAUCGACAGGAUAUCAACAGAACAAAUACAAGCUGCCUUCGAAGAGGUCGGAGGCGAAAACGGCUGGCAACUAUUCGCCGAAGAAGGUGACAUGAGAAUGUACAGAAGGGAAGUGGAAGUGGAUGGUAUGGUGAUGGAUCCACUGAAAGCAAUGCAUAAAGUCCGCGGCGUGUCGGCUCGGGAGAUGUGUCAUUACUUCUUCAACCCACGCUACCGAUACGAGUGGGAGACGACGCUGGAGACGAUGACGAUCGUGGAGCAGGUGUCGGCGGACGCGCUGGUGUUCCACCAGACGUUCAAGCGCAUCUGGCCCGCCUCGCAGCGCGACGCGCUCUUCUGGUCGCACGUGCGCGCUUCCCGCGGGAACACCUACGCGGUCACCAACCACUCCACGUCCAACCCUGAUUACCCGCCGAACGCGGGCGCAUGCAUCCGCCUGUUCGUGACGGUGUGCCUGGCAUGCCGCAGCUCGUGGCCGGCCGGCGAGCAGCCCUCCCGCGACAACAUCACCACCAGCAUCGCCUACUGCAGCACCGUUAACCCUGGUGGCUGGGCCCCAGCCGGAGUCCUGCGCGCAGUGUACAAGCGCGAAUAUCCUAAGUUCCUCAAGCGCUUCACGAGCUACGUGGUUGAUCAGUGCCGCGGGAAACCUCUAGCCAUCUAG